GUUUGCCGCUAUUCCAUCCACCAGUUCAAUUGUCAUUGUUUCAUUGUGCGCAUCACACUUUGUCGCGCUUUGUCUGUUGUUGUUGUCGUCGGCUUACGAUUUGAAUAUCGUAUUUAUGUGCGUGUUUUUUUGUGGUUUUAAAAAGCCGGUCGGUGUAAUUUAUUCCCGUUUCGUUGAAAUAAAUAAUUGUAGUGAUUAAACAAUCUUAGAAUUUGGCACCCAAUUAGACAAUUACAUUAAAAGAACAACAACAACGGCAAACCAUGCAUUUUCCAAAAGUGCUGGUGGCAUUUUGUGCAAUUAUUUGCUGUUAUCAUCUUGUGCCGGUUGGCGGUAUUCCUGUGCAUGGCCGCCAAAAUACGAAAAAACCAUGGAGUCUUACUGAGGCAUUAUCAGCUUCGGGUGCAAUACGUUCCUCUAAUGUAACAUGGAUAACAGAUAAUGAACUCUAUUACACCAGCACUGAUCGUUCGAUACACAAAUUCAAUGCAGCCACUGGCGAAGAUAGUAUUUUUGUAACAUCCGAUUUUUUGGAAAUUUACAAAACCGGUAGUUCAUUUACGUUGUCGCCUGAUAAUACCAAAAUUUUGGUACGCUAUGGCGUUGAAGAAAUUUUCCGGCAUUCCUACAUUGCCAAGUAUGAUGUCUUCGAUAUAGCAACAAGAACUUCCAUAAGCAUUCACAAUGGUGAAAAGCUGCAAUAUUGUGCCUGGUCACCCAUCAAGGAUCGUCUGGGUUAUGUCUACAACAACAAUGUCUUUAUACAUUACGAUGAUUCGAUUGAAUUGCAAAUCACAUCGGAUGGUGUGAAUGGUGUCAUAUAUAACGGCAUACCCGAUUGGGUAUAUGAAGAAGAAGUUUUGGCCAGUGGUAGUGCUAUGUGGUGGUCCCCGGAUGGCAAUCAUUUGGCUGUGGGCAUAUUCAAUGACACCGAAGUGGAAACAUUUAAAUAUUUCCUCUAUGGCGAGGCUGAAGAUCCCGAAUAUCAAUAUCCCAAAGAGGUGGACUUGAAAUAUCCCAAACCCGGGACCAACAAUCCCGUUGUUGCCCUCAGAAUAUUCGAUUUGAACGUAAAUCCUACAUAUGUAACCAUAAAAGCUCCCGUCAAUGUUGUGAGCAAUGAUCAUAUUCUACAAAAUGUUGCCUGGACGCAUGAUGGAAAAGUUUUAAUUACCUGGUUGAAUCGUCGUCAAAAUAUCGCCUCCCUGCAGUUGUGUAACACAACGGGAGAGUGUGAGGAAGUUAAGCAAUUGCAAGAGCCCAAGGGAUGGGUGACAAUGGGUAACCCCAUGUGUUUGCAGGAAAGCAAUAGCUGUUUGUUUGCCUAUUGGAUUGAUAAUUGGUAUCAAGUGUGGAAUUUGGAUUUGCAAAGCGGACAAAAUCUAUGGACCAAACGAGGCAAUUUUACGGUCUUGAGAGUCUAUGGUUAUGAUGAAACCAAUAAGAAACUUUACUACCAAGCCACCAUGGCCCACAACCCCUCCAUCUAUCAUGUCUUCAGCAAUGACGAUUGUUUGUCGUGUGACCUAAAGGAUACCGAGAGAGAACUGUGUAAAUCGGCAUUUGCUUCAUUCAGCAAAGGUUUCUCGUAUUACACGGUAACCUGUAGCGGUCCCAAUCCCAGCUAUACCAAAGUCAUUGAAACCAAAACCAACAGGGUAGUAAAGGAUUGGGAAUUGAAUUUGCCAUUUCGAGAAUUUUUGGCCACAAAACUAAGGCCCAAAGUACGUUUUAUGAAUGUUACCCUGGCCGAUGGUUCUGAGGGUAUUGUCAAGUUACAAUUACCUCCCGGUUUGGAUGAAAAUUCCAACAAAAAAUAUCCCAUGAUUGUCUAUGUCUAUGGUGGCCCGAAUUCGGUGCGUGUUACCAAUGGUUUUACGGUGGGCUUUGAGGGCUAUAUGACCACAAAUCGUGAUGUAAUCUAUGCCCAAAUUGAUGGUCGUGGUACCGGUAACAAGGGCCAGGAUUUACUCUUCUCCGUCAACAAUCAUUUGGGUGAAUUCGAGGUGGAAGAUCAAAUUUUUGUAACGAAAUUUUUGCAACACAAUCUAACCUAUGUGGAUGAGGAACGUACCGGUAUAUGGGGUUGGAGUUAUGGUGGUUAUAUGACGGCACGCACCCUGGCCCAUGACAAUGAGAAUGUUUUCCAAUGUGGUGUAUCAGUGGCACCGGUAACCUCAUGGCUGUACUAUGACACCAUUUAUACGGAACGUUAUAUGGGUCUGCCCACGGAGGGGGAUAAUUUGAAAAAGUAUUUGGAGACAAGUGUUCUGGAGGAAAUCAGUAACUUCCGCACCCACAACUAUAUGCUUAUCCACGGGUCGGGUGAUGACAAUGUCCAUUAUCAGCAAUCGCUGAUGCUGGCCAAGGUUUUGCAGGCCAAUGACAUUUUGUUUGAAGAAAUGACUUACACUGAUGAAAACCAUUCCAUUGGCAAUUUCCUGCCUCAUCUGUAUCACACCAUGGAUAAUUUCUGGAUUAAUUGCCUCAACUUGGACGUGGAUGAAAAUGAAAUCUUUUAAAUCAGGGACAAAUUAGUCACCGAGAGUUGACUAUAAUAAAACUACAUACCUUGCCGUAGGAAAAAAACAAAUUUUAAACGAAGAUUUUUGUAAAGUAUUGUUAUUAUUUUUUUAUAAUAACCAUAAACUGUAUUAAAAAAAACAUUGUAUUUUUUAUAAUUAAAAUAUAUAAUAAAUUAUUUUGCAUUUAAA